AUAUAUAAAGUUAGUUUGUCUUCCCUUCCCCCCCCCACCUUCUUAGCGGUUCUCAGAUCUUUGCAGUUACGAUCGUCUCUCCUCUCGAAUCAUCUUCUUCAACGCGUUUGACUCUUUCUUUCUGGAUCUGAGUUAGCAAUGAAGCCAGGAGGACCAGGAUCAGGAUUGAAUCCGAACGCAGCAGCUUACGUGCCACUCUACAAAAGAGAUGCUGACUCUGCAAAGCCUGCUGCUGCUGCUGCUGCUGCAACCACACAUCACGUGCAGCAUCAGCCCUAUGGUUAUGGAGUCCAAGGGAAGGGAAGUUCUUCAGGCUCCCAAAUGAGGAAUGAUGAUUCGGAGUUUGACAUGGAGUUCCUUUUGGCUAAUUUCUCUGAUUUGUCAAUUGAGUCUGUCCGUGAUGUUUACUUGGCCAACGAUGGUGAUGUUGAUGCAACUAUCGAAAUGCUUACUCAACUCGAGAUUUACAGUAAUGAAGCUGAAGAAUACCUCCCACUCCCAGACACAUUGGACAUUGGCGAUGCACCUGAAACCAUCGAGACUUCAACUUCAACUUCGUCAGCUCCUCCAAAACAAAAGAAUGCAAGUAAUGAAGCAAGUGCAUCAUCAUCGUCGACAUCCUCGGGUACCCCUACCAACGCUCCUGUAUCAUCCUCCUCCUGAUUUGAUGAGUCCCUCAGAUGUGAAGUUUUAAAAUUUCUUGAUAUGGUUAUCUUAGGAGAGAUCUCUUUCUAUAUUGUCCACAACGCUUUGUUUCUCUUUGGAAAGAGAGAGUACACAAUGUAUAGAUUUUUUGAAUUUUCAAGUUUGGGUGCUGAGGGUUGGGAUUGUUCUUAUGGUUGGACAAAAGCUAUGAAUCAUUAGCCUCUC